AUGGCUACUCGUGUACAAAGCCUUCCCGGAAGGCCGCCGAUGCGCCAUGGAUCAAGCAGCUACCGCCACUCCCGCUCGUCCCUGUACGUCGCUCACACACCCUCUCUCGAGCCGAUCACGACCCCAGACGAAGACGAGGACGCGGAUGAGUCGACAAUAGCCGCCGCUCCACCCACCGACGGUGUGGGCCUCUUCGCGUCGCGAGCCAUCUCCAAGGGCGCCAUCGUCCUAUGCGAGUCUCCAAUGUUCACCCAACCUUCUCCCCCUGCGCGCACGAACUCAACAGUCAUGGCCGCGCUGGCCCAGUGUACGCGCGACGAGCAGCGGCAAUACUUCAACCUCGCGAACGCGCACAAGUGCAAGGUACUUCCGGCCCUCGGCAUCUUCGAGACGAACGCUCUUCCGUGCGGCAAGGCACGCAGCGGCCGCAAGGCGGGGGUGUUCCUCACCGCCGCGCGACUCAACCACUCGUGCCGGCCGAACCUUGCGCGGUCGUGGGACGAGGCGUCGCAGCAGAUGACGUUCCGCGCGCUACGCGACGUCGCGGAGGGCGAGGAGCUGUGCUUGAACUAUGUGGACGUCAUUGGGACGCGCGCGCAGAGGACGGAGGAGCUGCAGAGUGCGUAUGGGUUCGAGUGCGUGUGCGAGGCGUGUGCGCUGGGGUUCGAGGAGCUCGCGGAGAGCGACAGGCGGAGGGCCGCGAUCCGCCGGCUGUUCGAAGAGGUGGCUGUAUGUGGGAACGAGCCAACUCUCGGGCUCAGGAAGGUCAAACUCGCCCUCCAGUUACUGAAGGAGGAAGAGCUCGUCCACUACGAGGCAUCGUUCUGCUUCGAUGGGUUUCAGUUUUGCAUCCUGGUUUCCGACUUCGUGAACGCGAAGGCGUGGAUUCGCAAGGCCUGGGAGGCUUCCUGCAAUACCUCCGGGCCAGACAGCCCUGCGUCGCGCGCGUUCAAGAUGUAUUGGGCCAAUCCUCGGGCGCACGAGCUAGCCGGUAUGCUGCCGCGUGCGACGCUGCACGGACCCGACUAG